UGGAUUGAGGUUGACCCUUCCCUUCCCCUUAUUCUCUAUUUCUCUCUCUCUCUCUUUACUUUACCUUUCUUCCUUAUUCAUCACAAUUUUUGUUUUUUUUAAUAUUUUUUUUAACCAUCCAUCCAUUAACACCAUACCUGUUCAUUUCACAUUUGCUUUCCCUUUACUGUUUCUCUCUCUCUCUCUUUCUCUGGUUUCCUUCAUUGCAAACCAAGCUUCCUUUCCAGCUUGUUCUGGUCCUGCCCUCAGACACAAUGCUACCCACCAACCAUUUUACCACAUUUACUCUUUCUCUUCUCUAAAAUUAGUAAAAUUCUCCCAUUUUCUCUCUCUCCCUCUGCGUUUUUCCCAUCAAAAUAAGAUUUUUGUGUGGCAUUCCCUUCCAUUUUCUUUUUCUGUGAUUAUUUUUUCUUCCUUUUUCUAUUUUUGUUCAAGUGUGGCCCACUUGUUACCUACUGGUGUGCCACUACAUCUUUUGCAGCAUCUGGAUUUUGCUGUAGGGUAUGUGUGUUGCUGAGCCUCAGGUAUUCUUGUACCUAGCUUUGCACAUUGAGUCUCUUGUCGGUUCAAAAUGAGAUGUGAAACUUGUUGCUUCUUUGGGUAGAAGAUCCAGGAGUCUAGCUUCCUUGGAUCACCACAAAGAACUGAAAUGUUGGCUGUAAAUUAGAAUGCUCAGAUGUGUGUUUCAAAGAAUUGAGUAAAAGGAGUACUUAACUGAAUUCGUGUACUCGGGUGGGAAUGUCCUGGUUCUACCAGCUGAAGAACUUGCGGUAACGAUAUUGAUUGGCUUGGUGCAAACAAUUAUGUCAUCCAACAGUUCUUUGAAUGUUGAAUUGUCAAAGAAGACGUCUUUUUUGGGUUUGAAACGAUGGGUUUUGCUAGGGAUAGGUGUUGGUGCAUUUAUAGUGCUGAUUCUUUGUAUAUUAUCCGUAUGGGUGAUGUUUCGGAGAAAGUCUAGGAGAUCUCUGGAGAAGCAUUCUAUAUCCCAAAUACCGAAUGUCUCAAAAGAUAUUGAUGUUGACAAAGUUGGAGUGCAGAGUUCUCAUGUUCAACCAGAAAAUGUGCUUAUUCCUGUUCAUGACAAGGCAAGUGAUUACAAUUCAGAUAACAUGUCGCUUCAUUUGGGAAAGAGAAAAUCCGGUGAUCCUGAUAAUAUCAGUCAGUGCAGCUCAAUUUAUCAUCAUGAGAGAGGACUUAGUUCAUUGUCGGCGGAAGAAGGAAGUUCUGGGAAUGCUAAGAAGCAAUCUAUAUCAUCUCAUGGAGCGCUGGCAACUGCCUCUCCUUUAGUUGGCUUGCCAGAGUUUUCUCAUCUUGGGUGGGGCCACUGGUUUACACUUAGGGAUCUGGAAAUGGCAACCAAUCGUUUCUCAACUGAGAACAUUAUUGGUGAGGGUGGAUAUGGGAUUGUGUACAAGGGCAGACUGGUUAAUGAAACUGAGGUUGCAGUGAAGAAGCUUCUUAACAACUUGGGACAAGCUGAGAAAGAAUUCAGGGUUGAAGUCGAGGCUAUAGGACAUGUUAGACAUAAGCAUCUUGUGCGCCUUCUUGGAUAUUGUGUAGAAGGAGUUCACAGGCUGCUUGUGUACGAAUAUGUGAACAAUGGUAACUUAGAACAAUGGUUACAUGGGGACAUGCACCAACAUGGGGCACUUACCUGGGAGGCCCGAAUGAAAGUUAUACUUGGCACAGCCAAAGCGCUUGCUUAUUUACAUGAAGCAAUUGAACCAAAAGUUAUUCACCGAGAUAUAAAGUCUAGCAACAUAUUGAUUGAUGAUGAAUUCAAUGCAAAGGUUUCUGAUUUUGGUCUGGCCAAACUUCUGGAUUCAGGAGAAAGUCACAUAACCACUAGAGUAAUGGGAACAUUUGGUUAUGUGGCACCGGAAUAUGCUAACAGUGGUUUGUUAAAUGAGAAGAGUGACAUUUACAGCUUUGGCGUCCUCUUGCUUGAAGCAGUAACUGGAAGGGACCCUGUAGACUAUUCACGUCCUGCUACCGAGGUUAAUCUAGUUGAAUGGCUCAAAAUGAUGGUGGGGACAAGGAGGGCUGAAGAAGUAGUGGACUCAAGCCUUGAAGUUAAACCACCAGCACGUGCUUUGAAGCGUGCUCUCUUGGUUGCACUUAAGUGUAUUGAUCCUGAUGCAGACAAGAGGCCUAAAAUGAGUCAAGUUGUGAGGAUGCUUGAAGCCGAUGAACAUCCAUUUCGAGAGGAUAGAAGGAAUAGAAAGAGUGGCACUGCCAGCAUGGAAAUUGAAACAGUGAAGGAUGUUUCUGGUCCAUCUGAUGCUGAAAAGAUGGGGCAUAUAUCUGAAAGCCACGUUGAAGGAUAGGAUUGACAACCCCAUGCAUGUGACUUAGCCUGCAUGUACAAUUCCCGUUGUUCACGUUCCAUUAACUUAUCUAUACAACUGUGUCCUUCAGAAAAUUUUGCUGCAUCUGAUGAUAGAUCAGAGAAAGCCCGUUUGGAUAAAAAGGUUUUGUUUUUUUGUUUUUUUAAUUCAAUGUUGGCAUUGAAGACAUGAUACACCAGCUUUGCAAAGAGGGUAGAAUCAGAAUCAGAAUGGGGUUGUGACUUGUGAGUGUUAGUGUUGUACAGAUGUCUGUGGGGUCUAUUUUCUCCUUACACGAUUGUUGAUUGGUUUUUUCUAUGUAUUUUUUUUCAAGGCCCUUGACUAUAUACAAAAGACUAGUAUUUGGCUACAA